UUUGAUUUCUCGCAUUUGAAUUUGUUCUGCGAAUAUUAUAUACACGUGAUAUAUAUGUAUUUGAAUUUUGAAAUUCGUACGCGAUUACGUGUUUUCGCCGGCAAAUUAACAACGGCUGUCGUCCGGCGACUUCGAUUAACAGUAUAUUUUAAACUUAUUUUUCUUUUGUUUUACAAAUUAGAAUAUUUUUUUACAAAAACUGCAAUUUUUAAAUCAAAUUUCGGGCUUUUUCUGGAUUUUAGUUAUAUUUUCUGUCUCUGUAUUGCUAGGGUUAUGAACUAUGAUCAUGUAUUAAAAAACGAAACUUUUCAAUUGGAUUAGAACAUUUUUAGCUUUGUUUGCCGUGUUUUUCGAAUUUCAUAUUCUAAAAAGGAUUCUUCUUUUGUCAUACUUUGACAAUUUUAUUAAGAUUUUUAAUUUUAUAGGGAAAAUUGGACAUUUUUGUUUAAAUUUGGAAUUGCUUUUCUCUGUUUAGCUUCCUUUUUAUCUCUGUUUUGCAACGGUUUUGAUCAAGUUUUUGUUACCAAAAUUUGUUCAACUUUUUUGAACUUUCGAAUCAUAUUUAUGAUGGCACUGUGUUCCUGAUCUAUGUGGUUGUUAUUGUUCCAUUGUUUUUUUUUCAUCUCCUUGUGCUUCGGAAACAGCUUCUUUAUUCGGGCAGGAGUAAAGUCUGCGUUCACACUAACCUCUUCAGGACUACACGUGAAAUAUUACUGGGUUGUUGUUGAUGCUGCUGAUUUCCUUGAAUCUAAUGAAGUGAUUUACAGCAGAGAAAAGGAUCUUACUUUAUUGGCAUCGGUGUAUAAUUCAUCAGAUUAAAGUUGGGUUCUUGAGAGCUGAGCUUUUCAAGAAUGGCUUAAGUUGUUAUUAAUAUAAGAAAGGGGAUAUCAUUAUAUCAAUGCUGUCUAAUCUUGGACAGUUUGGAUGGAUGUGUAUGAAUCAAAGUUAGCAUUUCAGAAGCAGAAUUCAACAGUGGAGAAGAACAAUGGAAACACUCGCAGGCCAAGAACCAGAGAAGUUAGUUCUAGGUACAGGUCACCUACUCCUUCAGCAGCAUCCUCUGGCGUUAGACGUUGCUCUUCUCCAAAUGUCACAAGAAUUGGAACUACUACAUCAACAAUGUCGUUGCCUAAACGAGCCAUAUCGGCUGAAAGGAAACGCCCCACCACGCCUUCAUCACCUACCCGUACUACAUCACGACCAUCAACACCUGUACAGGAUACAUCUGUGGAAGAAUUGUUGUCUAGAAAGUUGGGAGGUAAUCGGUUGCCAGAAUCUUUGUGGCCCUCAACAAUGAGGAGUCUCAGUGUUUCGUUUCAAUCGGAUACCUUUUCUUUACCUGUAAGUAAGAGAGAAAAACCUGUCUCUCAUGCUCUAUGUGAUCGUACUUUGAGGCCAUCAUCAAAUGUAGUGCAGAAACAGGGCGAAACGCCUCCUGCUUCUCGAAAGGCGACACCAGAGAGGAGGAGGAGUCCAUUGAAGGGAAAGAAUUCUGCUGAUCAAGCAGAGAAUUCUAGACCAGUUGAUAGUUUAAAUGCUCGAUUAGUUGAUCAGCAUCGAUGGCCCAGUAGAAUGGGUGGGAAGGUAUCAUCUGGUACCAUGAACAGAAGUGUUGAUCUGAGUGAUAAGAGUAGUAAAAUUGCGCCAAUUAGACGCUCAGUCACGCCUUCCUUGAGGAGAUUAUCUUUGGAUGGUUAUACCACACCAUUGCAAAAAUCUUCCAGCGACUUGCUGUCACUAGUAUCAUCUGAUGAUAGAGUAAAAGGUAGAGUUCUGUCAGUAGAUGAUAGUUCACUUUCAAUGCAGAAGUCCACAUCUUCGAGUUCAUUGGAAAGAACAGUACAAGGGAAUCCAGUAGCUAGAUCUCAGACUGUUUCAGCUCCUGGAUCACGACUUCCGUCACCGAAUAAGGCAUCUGUUAUAUCAUCCUCUGCAUCUAGAGGAGUCAGUCCAUCUCGAACAAGAUCAGUCCCAAGUACACCAUCUAGAGGGCCAAGUCCUUCUCGGAUAAGACCAUCUAGUCCAUCUAGACAACCCAAAACUUCUACUUCUGUCCUCAGCUUUAUUGCAGAUAUUAAAAAGGGGAAGAAGGCAGCUAACCACAUAGAAGAUGUUCAUCAGCUGAGGCUAUUGUAUAAUAGACAUCUCCAAUGGCGGUAUGCUAAUGCCAGGUCAGAUGCAGCAUUGCACGCGCAGAAACUUCAAGCAGAGAAAACAUUGUACAAUGUCUGGAGGAAUACGUCAGAUUUAUGGGCUUCUGUUAUUAAAAAGAGAACUGCACUCCAACAGCUGAAGCUGAAGUUGAAGCUUUUUGCAGUCUUAAAUGAACAGCUCACCUACCUCGAUGAGUGGGCUUCAAUUGAAAGGGAUCAUACCAGUUCAGUAUCCCAUGCUAUACAAGAUCUACAGGCAUGCACUCUCCGUCUUCCGAUUAUUGGACGAGCAAAGGGUGAUAUUGAAAGUGUUAAGGAAGCUGUUUGCUCAGCUGUUGAUGUAAUGCAGGCAAUGGGAUCCUCCAUGCGUUUUAUAUUGUCUAGGGUGGAAGGGAUGAACUGCCUGGUUUCUGAACUUGCUGAUGUGGCAGCUCAAGAGCGAGCCAUGCUGGACGAAUGUGAAGCCUUGUUGUCUUCAACAGCGGCUAUGCAGGUAGAAGAAUAUAGCAUUAGGUCUCAUCUUAUACAAUUGAAACAAGUUUGGAGAAGUGAUGAGCAGCUGAUACUUGGGAAUUAGAUAGCUUUACCAAAUGCUUCUCAAAAUGCAAUUCUAACCAACUUUUCCUUGUCAAAUGAAGAAUAUGCCACAUCUCCAGCCUUAGCUAGUGUGUAUAGUAAUAGUUUUUUUUUUUUCUUUUCAUUCUUUUUUUCCUUCUAAUUUAUCAUGGGAAAUCUUGAAUUAUUCCAUUCUUUUUUUCUUCUCCACAUAUCUUGCAAAAAGCUGUCGUCCCUAUCCUAAUGUAACUUUUUGUAUCAUCAACAAAAAAAGGAAAUGCAAAGGAAGAAAAAGAUUCAAAAUUAGUUAUAGAGAAGAAGCAAACUUCCCCGAAGA